AUGGAUCAUCUGCACACAGCGUCUGCAGAUGACAGGAAGCUUCAGCUACGUGCUCUCAUGUCUCAUCCCCACGACAAUCACUUUCAUCAACAUCAAGCGACUGCUUACCAACCGCAAGAAAAGCAGCACGAGAAAAAAGAACCACAGUUGAUGAUUCAGCACCCCCGUGACUAUAUUGACGUGCUGCUGGAAAACGCUGGGCUGGACGAUGGUCUCACUUCACAAAGCUCAACGAUGCUUUCGUCCGAGUUGUGGAACGCGCACUCAGAAAGUGAGUCUCGAUGCUCAGGGUCAACGGGGUCUUUCGCAUUUAGCAGCCAACAAAACGGUAUGCAGCAGCUCCAAUUGUCUCCGAUGGGAGAGAUGUCAGAACCAGCCCAACCAGCGUUUCUAAGUGUUACUGGCGAGUCACACUAA